ACUCUUGGCAACCAGUUUCCCCUCGGUGCUGGCCACUCGGUGUCUCUCACUCCCUUCUCGUUUUUUCUCGCUGUUACUGCGCUCUGAAAACGCCUUGUGGCUGCCUAUGGGCCCCCAGAAAAAACGUGACUGCCCGAAUCGCCGUUGUAACCGCAAGGAAAUCCCGAAAAACUAGUCCUCGUGCAGCUGAGCCAAACGUUUAUGCAUGCCACUGCAUAAUCAUACCCGUGAAUUUCGUGAACAAGUGGAGUUACGAUAUACGUAAUGCAGGUGAAAAAGUGAUUCGAGUGUUGCGCGUGGUUUCGGGAAUAAUUCCUUUUUUUUAACCGUUGGACAUCACUCGGUGGAGCACGGGGGGGGGGAGUUGUGCCACUAAUUUUGGUGCCGGCACAUCAGUUUUGUACGCUAAAACCCGAAGGAGAUUCGCAUAUUGGUUAUUGUAAAAAUGGCCGCCGAAAUGCAAAACAAGAAUAGGAUGAUGGUGUUUAAGAACAAAGGGAAGGAUCAAGACGAGAUGAGGAGGCGACGAAACGAAGUGACAGUGGAGCUGCGGAAAAAUAAACGAGAGGAGACUCUGCAGAAGAGGAGAAACGUUCCCAUUGCUGACUCAACUGAUGAGGACGACAUCGAGAAGACGCUGUCCAGUAUAAAUUUGGUGGAACUUGUACAGAAAGCUGCGGGGAGCGAUCCGGUAGAACAAUUGCAGGCGGUUCAGUCGGCUCGAAAGUUACUGUCGUCUGACAAAAAUCCACCCAUUGAUCCACUCAUUGAGAGCGGAAUUUUACCAAUUUUAGUACGCUGUCUCGAACAGCAUGACAACCCCUCGUUGCAAUUCGAGGCAGCAUGGGCAUUGACAAACAUCGCCAGUGGCACAUCAGCUCAAACUCAGGCUGUAGUGGGAGCUGGUGCUGUACCACUCUUCCUACAACUGUUGAUGUCGAGCCAACAAAAUGUAUGCGAACAGGCCGUAUGGGCUUUAGGGAAUAUCAUUGGUGACGGACCAGCGCCCAGGGACUACGUAAUCAACCUAGGAGUGGUUCAACCCCUGUUACAAUUCAUAAAACCCGACAUACCAAUAACAUUUCUGCGAAACGUAACGUGGGUAAUAGUGAAUCUGUGUAGAAACAAAGAUCCCCCGCCACCAGUCCAAACGAUAAAGGAAAUUCUCCCAGCCCUGAACAUACUGAUUCACCACUCCGAUGUCAACAUUCUGGUCGACACAGUCUGGGCGCUGAGUUACUUGACAGACAGUGGAAACGAGCAGAUACAGAUGGUGAUAGACAGUGGUGUUGUGCCCCGUCUCAUUCCCCUCCUCUCCCACAAGGAAGUUAAACUGCAGACAGCAGCUUUAAGAGCAGUUGGAAAUAUAGUCACUGGCACCGACGAACAAACCCAGACUGUCCUCAACUGCGGUGCCCUCUCACACUUCCAGAAUCUUCUCACCCACACCAAGGACAAAAUAUGCAAAGAGGCCGUGUGGUUCUUGUCAAACAUAACAGCCGGCAAUCAGGCGCAAGUUGGUGCUGUCAUCGAGGCCGGCCUCCUUCCCCUGAUAAUCCGUAAUCUCUCAAAAUCUGAUUUUCAAACUCAGAAAGAGGCCGCCUGGGCAAUCAGCAACUUCACGAUAAGUGGCAAUAGGGAUCAGGUGGCACGACUGGUGCACGAGGGAGUUAUCGAGCCAUUCUGCGAUCUUCUGUCAUGCAAGGACACACAAGUUAUUCAAGUUGUGCUUGAUGGCAUUCACAAUAUGCUCAAACAUGCUGGUCCAGAGGUAGAACAACUCGCCAAUAUGAUCGAAGAGUGCAGUGGCUUGGAUAAAAUUGAACAAUUACAGACACAUGAGAAUGUAGAGAUAUAUAAAUUAGCUUAUGAUAUUAUUGAGCAAUACUUCUCAGAGGAGACCGAUGACACAAAUCUUGCACCUCAGGUAACUGAUGUGACAUUUGAAUUUGAUCCAACAACAACAAUUCCAAGCGAGGGCUUCAAAUUCUGAGAUUGUCUCACAUCUGUAAUUGUGACGUCAUUAACUCAACAUGAGUACGGAGACACAUUGCUUUACUUUAUCUUCUAUUACGAUACGAUCACACUGCUCCGAUGAUAAUUAACGAGGCGCUGUUCAAUACUAUAUUUUUAUUUCAUUUUUUUCCUUUCCUUCCUUCAAUAUGGAUAAUGAAACUUUGCGCCUGUGGUCCAUUAAUUUGAACCAAGAGUCUAGUUCCUGGUGCGUAUACUCUUUUUUCCCGCGGGAGGAAUAAACAACAGUGAUGAUUAUUAUUUGCGAUGAUGAGUUCGGUAGGUGGGGCGUAAUGUCGAAUAUUAAUUAUCGAAUUGUUCCUUUAUUUUAUUUCAAUUUUUUUUCUGCAUUCGAUUUGAGGAUUUUUAGUGAAAUUAUGCGCUGAAAUUGAUUGGAUGUCACUCGUAUUUUCCAAUGGCCGGGGCUUUUUUGUCUGGAGUCUUGGUUCAAUUAUCAUAAUUUUGGGGGAAAAGAGAUGACUAAAACGAGGUGAAUAACCACCACUCGUGUAUAUUUUAGGCAUGUUAAAUUUAUAGUUACUAUUGAUUAUCAGAAUCAAUUGGAAUCCACUACUCCUUCAUCGGUAGGUUUAAAUAUAACGGACGUUCUGUACGGAGCAGCAACAAUAAAACUGUAGCAUAAACACAUUCAUCUCAUUUAUAAUUUUUUUUUUUAAGAUUUUAAAUGUCAAGCAUCACUCAUGUUGACAGGUAGCAACAAUCCUGAAUUCCCCGAAGUUAUCUACAGCUAUGAAUAAAUUUACAGGAAAAUGAA